GAGAGAGAGAGAGAGAGAGUUGUCACGGCCGUCUAACCUGUAUAACGUGGGGGGAAGUGUCAAAUUUUGGCGAGCGUCGAUGUUUGGCAGGUGAGAGGAACGCAGUGAUCAAGAACGGGAACUAGGAAUUAUUUUCAAAAUGAGAUUCAGAUUUCUCGGCGAUGGCGACUGUCCAGAUUGGUUAUUGGCGGAAAUCAACACUCUUUCGCGAAUGACUUCGAUUAAGAUGAAAAUGCUGGGCCAAGCAGUGGCUAAGUAUUUGACCGAGGGAGAAUUAGAUGAGGAAAAAGUAAAAAAGAUCACGCAAGACGCUAAACUCGACAUAGGUGACGCGAAAGCGAUGGUAGCUGCGCUCGAAUUGAUUUUCACAUCUUCCGCCCGAUACGGCGUUUCCGCCGCCGAUUUGAGCAGCGAGCUGCAACAGUUGGGACUUCCGCGGGAGCACAGCACUGCCGUGGCGAGGCUUCACACCGAUCACUGUCCUCAGAUCACGGCUGUCCUCUCGUCUCAAUCCUUGAGAGUCAGUCGUUUGUCCUCUAUCGAAGUGCUACCUUGCGACAGCGCAUCGCCCGUUUCUACCGUGGCGUUAAAGCUGAAGAAGGUAGACGGCAAGGAGGAGGAUUCCACCAUAAAUAUCUCAAAGGACGACGUGCAAGUGUUAUUAAAGGAGUUGAAGAGAGCGCGAGCUCUUAUGGAAAGUUUGUGAACACAUACAUUAAAUAAAAAUCUAGUUUUUACAUAUUAUUAUAAUUAUUACGAUCUGUCUGAAUAAGAAUAUUUGUUACUCGUCAAUAAAAAUAAGUUUCAGAAAAACUUGAAA